GAACGCACCUUUAUAGUUUAGUACGGGACACAAAAAAAGAUUCCAAGAAUUGUUAUUAUUUUUUAAUUGUCUCUUCUUCAAAGAUACAUAAAAUGGGUUCAAAUUGGACGAGAACAUAUUUCACCCAUCAAGAUACAAUGCCUAAAGCAUUGGCACCACCAACUUUUGAUCCUUUGAUGGGAUUUCCAAAUGGUAGAAAAGAAAGAGUUAUGGUUGCUACAACGCAAGAAUUAAGAGCAAAUAAUGUGCCACAACAAUUUCGUGAUUAUUGUGCUCAUUUCUACAUUGCGCUGGAAGCAUGUCGUGCACGUAAUAUGCCAUUUGUUCUAAGAUGCAAUCCAGAAAAAGAUAAACUUCAACAAUGCAUAGUGGACGAUUGGGUUAUGCGAAUGAAGGAAUAUGAAAGAGAGCGCCGACUUUUAGAGAGGAAGAAGAGACGAUCAAAUAGUACACAGGAAGCUGAAGCUGCUUAAAGUUACUCCUUUGUAGAUACUUACUAUGAUUGUUAUUCGCAACUUAGAAAUUGUAAGAAUACCUUAUGUUUAUUGUAAAUAAAUUAUAAAUAAAUUA